CACAGGGAGAAAGGGGCAGCUCAUUCCACCAUUCCCCUACACAUAGCCCUGACAGGCAUCAGAAUAUGCCACCAUUCUUGGAGUUUGCAUGCAGGACAGAUACAGCAGCUAAAGCAAGGGGAUCCAAGUCAUGGGCCCCAGGAAGAUGCACUAAAUGAGACUCUCCAUCUUUCUACCUUCUUCUGCAGCAACCAGGAUGGAAAAACAGAUGUAAAAUCCCUCAUGGCGAAGUUCAACACCGGGAGUAACCCGACAGAGGAGGCCGCCGCCAGCAGCAGGCCCUUCAAAGUUGCAGGUCAAAGCUCGCCUUCUGGAAUACAAUCAAGAAAGAAUUUAUUUGACAACCAAGGAAAUGCCAGCCCGCCCGCAGGACCCAGCAGCAUGCCUAAAUUUGGGACCACAAAACCACCCUUGGCAGUGAAACCUACCUACGAGGAGAAGCCUGAGAAGGAGCCUAAACCCCCGUUUUUAAAACCUACUGGAGUGAGCCCAAGAUUUGGAACACAGCCAAACUCAGUUUCUAGAGACCCUGAGGUCAAAGUGGGGUUCCUGAAACCUGUAAGCCCCAAACCCACCGGCUUGACCAAAGAAGAUUCCAAACCUGUGGUUUUACGGCCACCUGGGAAUAAGCUUCACAAUUUGAACCAAGAGUCUGACUUAAAGACGCCAGGACCGAAGCCAGGGCCUGCUCCCCCAGUCCCAGAAAACGAACUGAAGCCAGGGUUCUCAAAGGUGGCUGGAGCUAAGAGCAAGUUCAUGCCAGCGGCACAAGAUACUGACUCCAAACCCCGAUUUCCCAGACACACCUUUGGCCAGAAGCCAUCCCUAAGUACAGAGGACUCCCAGGAAGAGAACACUUCUAAGAACGUGCCUGUCCAGAAAGGAUCCCCAGUGCAGUUGGGAGCCAAGUCCAAGGGCGCCCCUUUCAAACUAGCUAAGGAAGACCCCGAGGGUAAAGACCAUGGAGCACCAAGUUCACCCUUUGCUGGAGUGGUUCUGAAACCUGCUGCGAGCAGAGGGAGCCCGGGUCUCUCCAAAAACUUUGAAGAAAAAAAAGAAGAUAGGAAAACAGACCUUGCAAAGAACAUCUUUCUGAACAAACUGAAUCAGGAAGAGCCGGCCAGAUUCCCUAAGGCCCCUUCCAAGCUGACAGCGGGGACACCGUGGGGCCAAAGUCAGGAGAAAGAAGGAGACAAGAAUUCUGCAACCCCGAAGCAGAAGGCCCUGCCUCCCCUGUCCGUCUUGGGCCCACCUCCACCCAAGCCCAACAGACCACCCAAUGUUGACCUGACCAGAUUCCGAAAGGCUGACUCUGCAAACAGUGCCACCAAAAGCCAGACACCUUACUCGACAACUUCGCUGCCACCACCUCCGCCUACACAUCCAGCCAGCCAGCCACCUCUGCCAGCGUCUCACCCCGCGCACCCGCCAGUCCCCAGCCUCCCCCCUAGAAACAUCAAGCCUCCUCUUGACCUGAAACAUCCUAUAAAUGAAGAAAAUCAAGAUGGUGUCAUGCACUCUGAUGGUACUGGAAAUCUAGAAGAGGAACAAGAGAGUGAAGGAGAAACAUACGAAGACAUAGACUCAUCUAAGGAAAGAGACAAGAAACGGGAAAAAGAAGAAAAGAAGAGGUUGGAACUAGAACGGAAGGAGCAGAAGGAGAGAGAGAAGAAAGAGCAAGAACUGAAGAAGAAAUUCAAGCUCACAGGCCCCAUUCAAGUCAUCCACCAUGCAAAAGCCUGCUUCGAUGUCAAAGGAGGAAAGAACGAGCUGAGCUUCAAACAAGGAGAGGACAUUGAGAUUAUCCGCAUCACAGACAACCCAGAAGGAAAAUGGCUGGGCAGGACUGCAAGGGGGUCAUAUGGUUAUAUUAAAACAACUGCCGUGGAGAUUGACUAUGAUUCGCUGAAACGGAAGAAGAACUCCCUCAAUGCUGUCCCACCAAGACUUGUUGAAGAUGACCAGGAGGUCUAUGAUGAUGUGGCUGAGCAGGAUGCCCCUAACAGCCACGGUCAGAGCGGAAGUGGAGGGAUGUUCCCCCCGCCACCAACAGACGACGAGAUCUAUGAUGGAAUAGAAGAGGAAGACGAUGAUGAUGGAUCCGUGCCGCAGGUUGACGAGAAGACUAACGCAUGGUCCUGGGGGAUUUUGAAGAUGUUAAAGGGAAAAGAUGACAGAAAGAAAAGCAUUCGAGAGAAACCUAAAGUCUCUGAAUCAGACAAUAAUGAAGGUUCAUCUCUCCCUUCUCAGCAUAAGCAACUGGAUGUGGGAGAAGAAGUUUACGAUGAUGUGGAUGCCUCAGACUUCCCUCCUCCACCUGCAGAGAUGAGUCAAGGAAUGAGUGUUGGAAGGGCAAAAAUGGAAGAGAAAGAUCCCAAGAAGCUAAAAAAGCAAGAAAAGGAAGAAAAAGACCUCAGGAAAAAAUUUAAGUACGACGGUGAAAUUCGAGUUCUAUAUUCAACUAAAGUUGCAUCCUCCUUAACCUCUAAAAAGUGGGGAGCGAGAGAUCUGCAGAUAAAACCUGGGGAGUCACUCGAAGUUAUACAAAGCACAGAUGACACCAAAGUUCUCUGCAGGAAUGAAGAGGGCAAAUAUGGUUAUGUCCUUCGGAGUUACCUGGUGGACAAUGAUGGAGAAAUCUAUGACGACAUCGCUGAUGGUUGCAUCUAUGACAAUGACUAGCACUCCGCUCUGUUCAUUCCACUGCGCCUCUUAGUGGCCAACAUGAAUUUUAAUUAGAAUGUUCUUGGGUAUUAUAGAAAAAAAUGUGAACGUACAAAAUGAAAUGUCAAUCUCUAUAAAGUUUUGAAAUUUUAAACCUGGAAAAUGAACUCUGUUUACUAUGUUGGAAGAUCAGGAAUGAGCUUCUUCCCUUCUUCCUUCCUCCUCUUUUGUUGCUGCUGUUGUUGUUGUUGUUGUUGUGAUCAAGGGUUUCUUACUGUGUCGUUCAUGCCUUUUUCCUGCCUCAGCCUCCGAAGGGCUGAAAUAAUCAAGCUGAGCCAGCAUACCCGCUUAAGGAUCCCAUUUUGCUUCGGCGCUUCUCUUAGACCACCAGCAGAAUCUUCUCCACCAUACGCUCUUUAAAGAAAUAAAGAAAAUGGAAUGUAAAGAAGGGACUUUCAAUUCCACAAGCAGUCAGCCUUCACUUGUCAUCAGAUUACCUACCCAAAAUAUAGGCAGAGCAAGUGCCUCUCAAGCCUGAAAGACAAGAGAAUUGGCAGAACAUUUGUAUCAAAUUGGUUCCUUUUUGUUCACUAUGAAAUCAUAUGUUAAUUAUUUGAUAAGCAUGCUUUCUGCUCUGUAUGCACAUCUAAGAUUAACCUGUGUACAAGAGUCUAAAAUCUUAUUUCUGUGGAUCUGUACACACAUCGUUGAAUUCUGUGCUCUGUUUAAAUACCAUCCUUACCUAGAGAAAUGGAGGAGGCUACCAGACAAUUGCGAACACCGUAAGGAAGAACCCUGAGACCCGCUCUCCUUUUACAGUGACGCUUUACUGUGUAGUCUCUUGGAAAGAGUUUUGUGUUUUGCUGUCAAUUGCUUCUGCAGAUCUUUACUAGAACCACUCUGCAGAACCACUUUACUAGAAAAUUGUUGAGCAGAGGGAACACAGGGCAAGAAAUCCCAGUGCUCCCAGUGCUUAGCCUGUGUGCUCCCCGCUGAGACCUGUCCCUCACCACCUCUUCCAGGCUGCAAAGCAUUGGCUUUUGUAUGCUAAGAACACUAAGCACCGUGAUCCAAAACAGAACACCCCAACAUCCAAGACAAUAACAGAUGAGGUAACACUGUUUUAAAAUUACUGAAUCCUGAGGCUGGUUCUAUUGUUGACCAUGCUGCAACCUUGGCAAUAUUCAUUACUUGCCCACUGUUCUUGUAAAAUACGAGUCAACUAAGUUUGUCCCAGCAUUUUUUUCUACUGCCAGCUUCAAGCUUUUACAGUUUUACCUCCAUCUCAGAUGCACAAUUCAGAAGUUCUUUUGUGUUUUUCUAUUUGAAAUCACUGAUUAAAUAAUAAUACAUUAUAUAAGUAAACUGCAAAAGUCCAUUGGCGUUUCCGAAGAGGGACCCCAUUACAUGUUCUUUUUUAAGUCAAAAAUUAUCUGGGAUAGAGAAAUAACUCAGUUGGUAAAAGUGUUUGCAGGCAAGCUUGAAGAUGGAAUUCAAUCCACAGAUCCCAGGUGAAAACCGAAUGUGGAGACCUACAGUUCUCGCCAUAUUAGUGCUGAGGAGGCAGACGCGGGAGGUUCCUGUGGAUCAGUGGACACUCUAUCUAUCCUAAUUGCUGAGUCCCACACCAAGGACAGACAUCUCUAAGGAAAUGAACAGCACCUGAGGAACAAGAGCUGAGGUGUCCUUUGGACCCUACACAUAUAUAUCCUCUCACAUAUAGGAACAUGUGCAUACGGAUUGAAAAAUCUGUAAAAAUAGCCCAAAGCCUUCCAAUGGUUAGAGUUUCUAUUACUUUGUUGUUGUUGUUGUCUUGUUUUGUUUUGUUCUGUUUUUGUUUUUUGUUUUUUGAAACAAGGUUUCCCUGUGUGACCCUCUCUGUUCUGGAACUUGCUCUGUAGACCAGGCUGGCCUUGAACUCACAGAGAUCCACCUGCCUCUGCCUCCCUAGUGGUGGAACUAACUAAAGGUGUGCUGCUGCCCAGCCAAGUGGUUUGAAAUUUUAAAGACUGUCAGCAGUAUCUACAGCUCAAUUUAUAGGAUACAGGCUCUGAGUCUCCGGGGUUGGGAAUUACUCAUCUCAGCUCAUCUCUGAGUAGGAAGUAGUUUGGCCAUAUCAGCCAUCCUGUGUCCUUGUGAUAAAUCCUUGUAUCAGUAGAUACAUAUGACGUGGCUCAAAAGUGGCCAUUUGGUAGCUUUGGCAUCAAAUAUAAAUUAUAUGCUGCCUGCCUUUUCAGUAAUUUUCCCUGAUUAAGAUUAGCACAAUUCAAUGCUAAAAUCCCAAAUUAGAUCAAGAGAAUAUUUCAGAUUCAAUGUAUAGUCAAGGAAAUGGACAGAUACCUAGGAGAAAUUUGUGUAAAAAUUAUUUAAUAUAUAUUUGAGGUCUUAAUUUUAAUAUACUAAAUGUGAUUUUGUUGUAGAUUGUGUGUGGACUUUUGAGCUGCCAAUAAAAUACUUUUUCAGCAAGUGA